AUGAAUAAAAAAGAUCAAGUUUCAGGACAUUUUUACGGUACACCGAAACCGACAGAGGAGAAUGAAAUGGUGAGCGAUUCGAAGGGACCGUUGCCGCCGAACUGGGAAAUUGCCUAUUCGGAAGAGGGAGAGAAUCACAAUUCUGGCACUACGCAAUGGGAGGAUCCGAGGGAGUUACCUGAAGGUUGGGAAAAAGUGGACGAUGAAGUGUACGGCACAUUUUAUGUUGAUCAUGUAAAUAAACGAACACAGUAUGAACGUCCAUGUAGUUCGGCUUAUCAGAACGUGCCAGCGACGAGUACGAGUGCAACGGCUGCUGGUCUGUCAUCUCCUGCAGCGGGUAGCUUAUUGAAUGCGAAUAGUAAUGGGUUUGCUCAUAGUGGUUCGUCGCUUAUCACUAACUCGUUGACGUCAAAUAAUGUCAACAAUCGACGGCAUUCUUCUCAUUACAACGCAAAUCUGUCACCAACCUCACAUCGUCAACACACAUCUCUGAUAACCACUACCACCAACAUGUUCACCAGGUGCACCAUCUUUCUGGUUUUUUCUCUGUUUUAUUUUAACGUCUUUCAUUGCUAUUGGCUUUGUAGCGAUCCAUCUCAACUCCGUGGUCAGAUUAUAACGACCAGAAUACAGAAAGGUGCCAAAGGUCUUGGAUUCACGUUGAUCGGAAACGACGGCAGCUCAGAGCAUGAGGAGUUUCUUCAGAUCAAAAGUAUCAUUCCGGGUGGUGCUGCAUAUCGUGAUGGCGUUUUGCAUAUGGGUGAUGUGCUGGUAUAUGUGAAUAACGAAUGUGUACUUGGUGCAACUCAAUCACAUGCGUGCCGAAUAUUCCAAGCAAUCGGUGUUGGUGAAACGGUCACGUUACAAGUUUGUCGUGGAUAUCCUCUUCUGCUUGAUCCAGCAAACAAGAUUGUUACCGAGAAUGCUUACGCGUCAAAAGCACAAGAUGAAAAAGAAAUUUUCAUCAAGAAGCGCAUGGGUAUUCUUCAUGAACAGGGAGAUGAUGGAUUUGGUUUUACUAUUUUUGAGAGCUUACAAGGGCAAAAAGUGAAAAAGGUUUUAUAUCCGGAAAGAUGUGAAAACUUGCUCGAAGGCGACACGCUCCUUGAAAUGCGAACAACCUAUCCGAAUGGUAGUCCAAAUAAGCCGGUCGGCCACGAGGUGAUUACUAACUUCCGUGGAAUGGCUCACCAUGAGCUUGUCUCAGUCCUUAGAGAUUGCCCAGUUGGAUUUUGGGCAAAACUUAUUGUUCGGAGGCAGUCGCCGAGGCAUCGGAUAAUCUUUAACAGGUCAAGAACGCCAACGGCUGCAUUUCGUUACGGUGAGCAACGCACCACUCCGAUCCCGUCGGUGGCUCCGAGAUCGAAAACUCCAGCACCACAACCUCCACGACCAAUGAAAUCAGCUUAUUCAAGCGGUUCUACAAUGCCCCCGGUUGCAUAUGGUGUGCCUUUUGAGAAUGGUGUAAACGAAGGAUACAACAACAAUUCCCGCAAUACAAUCCCUAGGCAAUACGAACGACGUGCACGUGACGAAAUCUAUGAAAAUUUCUCACGAGUACGGCCCUCGUCGACGAGUCUUGGAUUCGCAACACCUAAUUACAUACCAAUGACUGCACCAUACAAUGAUGGCUCUGAAACAGUUACGGUCAAUCUGAUUCGAAAACCGAAUGGCUUCGGCUUCAGAGUUGUCGGAGGAACUGAGGAGGGAACGUCUAUAACGGUUGGUCAAAUAGUGCCUGGUGGAGCUGCAUCAGACGAUGGUCGUUUGCAGCAAGGCGAUGAAAUAAUCGAAAUUGAUGGCAAAAAUAUUGUUGGUGAAAGUCAUGCAAAGGCCGUCCAACUCAUGCAGCAAUCUGCUGCAAAUGGACAUGUCAAAUUGAUUGUUCGUAGGCAGCGAGAUGUUUCACGUUCAACGUCAAUGCCGUUGAACCAGCUUAAUGUCGUAUUGAACACUUACGAUGUUGUUCUAACGAGAAGUGAUCAGGACGGUUUUGGAUUCGUCAUUAUUUCGUCGACUAACAAAAAUGGUAGUACAAUCGGAAGAAUAAUGGAGGGAUCACCAGCGGCUCGGUGUGGUCAACUGCGAGUUGGUGAUCGCGUGAUUGCGGUUAAUGGUAUCGAUAUCAUGACCUUACCCCAUAAUCAGAUUGUCAAUCUUAUCAAAGAUUCUGGUCUUUCUGUUCGACUAACCAUAGCGCCUCCAUCUCCCGCUAGUCCUCCACAAAGCGGGAUGCAGUACUCUUCCUCACAAACUGGUCUUCCGUACACAUCUACAUCAAAUUAUCCAUCAUAUCAGAGUAAUGGAGCUCAGUUAUCUGGUGCUUAUAGUAGUGUUUACGACACUUCUUCGCAUUAUAGGUAUCUUGGUCAAAAUGGUUAUUCGGUGAACACGAUCUCUCCAAUUCCUGCAGAUGCUGUCAUGGAGUUGAAUCGUGGACCAAAAGGUUUCGGCUUUUCGAUUCGAGGUGGUCAAGAAUUUGAUGCAAUGCCGUUAUUCGUUCUACGAAUCGCCGAAGAUGGACCGGCCGCAAUGGAUGGUAGUUUAAGAGUUGGUGAUCAGUUGAUGCAAAUAAAUGGUCAAUCAACGAAAGGCAUGACUCAUGCGAAUGCUAUCCAAAUUAUCAAACAGUACCCAACUGUGAAAUUGCUCAUAAGAAGGCCUCAGGGAUAUUGA